CGUCCAGACGGUGGUGCGUGAACUCAGAACUGUGAUUCUGUGAACGCUUUAAGACGCUCCAGAGGGUUUGGAGUUUGAAGUUUGAAGUUGAAGGGCAAUGGAGGGCGAGUUUGCUACGUCGCCCACCAAUUCAAGUCCCAUGGCCGAGAGUGGGGGAGCUUCAAAGUACCUAGCCAACCUUCCCUCUCGCGGCCUCUUCUCCUCCACCGUCAUAUCUUCUAAUCUGGGAGGAGUACGAGUAUAUAUUUGCGAGCAUGAUACAUCACCGUCAGAGGAGCAACUAAUAAAGACAAACCAAACAAACAUACUGAUUAGGUCUCUCACACUUAAGAAACAGAAAAAUGAUUCCAGCUCAAAGGAUGCGAAGGGUAAAGCGACAGCUGAAUGCACCAAAGGCAAGAGAGCUGCUGAGAGAGCUGUAGAUGGGAGGGCUUCAGCUAAGAAAAUGAAUGUGACAAAUAGUUCUGGAAGUGCUCGACAAGCUGGAACAAGUACUCACACGGAUUUCCAGGGUCUGACUGUGGAGAGGCUGCGUGCCCUUUUAAAGGAAAGAGGUCUGUCCGUCAAAGGAAAGAAGGAUGAACUGAUCGCACGCCUGAAAGGUGAUUAGUUGAUAGGGUUGACGGUGAACCAUAACUUGAAGGGGUACCAAAAGAAAAAAAAAAAAGGGAAAAAAACCCCAGGAUUUGUAUACAUUAGUGCAGGCCCAUGAGGUGAUACGAACCUAUUUUGAUCUGUCUUGGAAGAUCCUUUUUCUCUAGACGAUUGCUAAAUUGAUUUAUUUUUUGUUUAUGUCGGAGGGAGUUGUUAAACAGAAUACUUUUUUGAUGCAUAAGGAUGCAAUGCUGCAGUUAUGUAAAUUAUAGAUUUAUUUAUUCAUGCUUUGUAACAUACUCCCAUGAGUAAAUGACAUUUAUCAA